AAUAGCGAAGGGAAACCGGGAUUCGGGCCCCGGGACACCGGAGGGACACGAGCGGAGCCAUGAGGGGAGCGGCCGGGAUGGGGCUGGGCCUGCGCCUGCUCCGCAGGGCCCCGACGGGGUAUAGGGGGACCCGGCUGCAGAGCACUCAGCAGGCGGAGGCCGUAUUGGACAAAGCCAAGGUCUCCAGCACCGCCCCCCCCAAGGCCGCAGCCACCCAAGAGGAAUCCAAGUCCUUUGCUGUGGGCAUGUUCCUGGGGCGCCUGAACACGGAGCAAGUGUUCCCCUACCCACAAGCACUGAGUGAGGAGCAGGAGCAGACGCUGCAGGACCUGGUGGGGCCUAUGAGCAAGUUCUUUGAGGAAGUGAACGACCCCUUCAAGAACGAUGCCCUGGAGCGGGUGGAGGAGGCCACCAUGCAGGGCCUGAAGGAGCUGGGGGCCUUCGGGCUGCAGGUGCCCCCCGAGCUGGGGGGGCUGGGGCUGUCCAACACACAGUACGCGCGCCUGGUGCAGAUCGUCGGCCAGCAUGACCUGGGGGUUGGCAUCACGCUGGGCGCUCACCAGUCCAUAGGCUUCAAGGGGCUGCUGCUCUAUGGCACCCCCGCGCAGAGGAGCAAGUACCUGCCCCGCCUGGCCUCAGGGGAGACCGUGGCUGCCUUCUGCCUGACCGAGCCUGGCAGCGGCUCCGAUGCUGCCUCCAUCCGGACGCGGGCGGAGCUGAGCCCCUGCGGCAGCUUCUAUACACUGGAUGGUACCAAGAUCUGGAUCAGCAACGGGGGCCUGGCCGAGCUGUUCACGGUGUUCGCACAGACGCGGCUGCCGGACGCGGCCACAGGCGAGAGCCGGGACCGGAUCACAGCCUUCAUUGUGGAGCGCAGCUUCGGGGGCGUCACACACGGUGCCCCGGAGCACAAGAUGGGCAUCCGCGCCUCCAACACAGCUGAGGUUCACUUCGAGGGGGUUCGUGUUCCGGUGGGGAACGUGCUGGGGGCCCCGGGGGGAGGCUUCAAGGUGGCCAUGAACGUGCUCAACAAUGGCCGCUUCGGGAUGGCGGCCGCCAUGGCCGGCACCAUGCGCGGGGUCAUAGCCAAGGCGGUAGAACAUGCCUCCAACCGCACCCAAUUUGGGGCCAAAAUCCACACUUUUGGGGCCAUCCAGGAGAAGCUGGCCCGCAUGGCCCUGCUCCAAUACGUCACCGAGUCCAUGGCCUAUAUGAUCAGUGCCAAUAUGGACCAAGGAGCCACUGACUUCCAGAUCGAAGCUGCCAUCAGCAAGAUCUUCGGCUCGGAAGCAGCUUGGACCGUGACAGACGAGUGCAUCCAAGUGAUGGGAGGCAUGGGCUUCAUGAAGGAGGCCGGCGUGGAGCGGGUGCUGCGGGACCUGCGCAUCUUCCGCAUCUUCGAGGGCACCAAUGACAUCCUGCGGCUCUUUGUGGCCCUCAAUGGCUUCCAGAGUCUGGGGGUGCAGCUCCGGGGGGUGCAAAAGGCCCUCAAGAACCCAUUGGGGAACAUUGGGCUCCUGGCUGGAGAAGUCACCCAGCGCAUCCGCAGGAAAGCUGGGAUGGGCUCAGGCCUCUCCCUGCAGGAACAUGUUCACCCGGAGCUGAAGGAGAGUGCACAGAAGACCCUGCAGUGCCUGGAGCUCUUUGCUGCCACAGCUGAUGCUCUGCUGCUCAAGUAUGGCAAGAAGAUUGUGGAUGAGCAGUUUGUAUUGAAGCGGGUGGCCGACUGUGCCAUUGACAUCUAUGCUAUGGUUGUGGUGCUCUCCAGAGCCUCCCGCUCCCUGUCUAUGGGGCUCCCCACAGCCCAGCACGAGCGGCUCCUCUGCGAUACCUGGUGCCAGGAGGCUCACCAUAGGGUCACUGUAUCCCUGCGCCCACUGCCCAGUGAGAGCUUCCGGAACCUUCGCAGCAUCUCCCAGGCUGUGGUGGAGGGGGGGGGCGUGGUGACCCCCACCCCCCUCGGCUUCUGACCCCCCCAUAUGGAA